AUGGCAAAAGGAAAAGGAAAGGGAAGAGGAAGAGGAAAGGGAGAUGAUGAUUGUUGCUCUGGUUGUUGUUGCUGCAUUUGCUGCUGCCUCUUUUUCCCGCCUCUACUUAUGUUGAUUGGAGUACUCAUGAUUCUUUCUAAGAAUACUCGAGUGGAGAGAAUUGAAGAGUAUAAUGCUCGCGCAAAGAUAUGGAAAGAAACUGGACUGAAUUCGUUUAAGAAUAUUAACUUUUAUCUGGCAAAUAAGUCCAACAAGUUUGAACCUGUUACAGCAACUUCUGGACAGUAUUAUCCUACUCGUGAUAGCUGUAAGAAAGAUGGUGAUCCUGCUGAAGGUUGUCUUACUACUGAUGCUCUCUAUUAUCGCUUUUCUGCCAAAUUACCAUCUACUACCACAACUAGAGUUAUUGUAUAUGGACCUACAAAUGAGCUCAUUGUUGACGAUGAAUAUAAAAACGGAUAUGUGAACACUUAUACUGCAUCUCAAUUGGAUUGCAAAGAUGAUCUUUCGAAGUGUUAUUCUAAGUGUUCAUCGAAAGGAGGAACUUGGGAUCAAUAUAGAAAAGUAUGCUCUGUGAGUUACUAUCUUAUUGGAUUUUGUUAUCGAGUGAAUAAAGUUAAUAACAAAUGGCAACUUGAUAUACCUGCAAAUUGGACACUUACGGGUUCUGGAGCUGGUUGUUAUUAUGCUAAUAAUCACGAUGUUGCUCUCUAUUCGAAAACUUAUACUUCGAAUCUUGCUGUUCAUAUUCGUUAUUAUCAAGAUUCGUUAAUAGCUGCUGAUGAAUUCACUCAGGGUUGUAGUUUCAGUUCUCCCGAUUCUUCUUCAUGUUUCGGAAUGUCUCGUAAAGAACAAAACACCACUGGCUUUGUAUUAAGCACAAUUGGUGGUUUAUUGAUCGCACUUGAAAUUGUUAUUGUAAUUGCUAUUUGUUUUUGCUGCAAGGAGAGUCUGGAAAGUCUUCUAAAAAAGAAUAAGAAGAGUAAGAAGGAUAAAAAGAAUAAGAAUAUAAUACUGGUCACUCAGACGGCUCAAUCGGUUCCUAUUGCUCAGCCAGUGUAUCCUCCUCAGCAGCCACAACCAGGUUACGUUUUUCAGCCACAACCAGGUUACGUUCCUCAGCCACAACCUGCAUAUGCUCCUCAGCAGCAGCCAGGUUAUGCUCCUCAGCCACAACCACAACCAGGUUAUGCGCCCCAGCAGCAGCCAGGUUACGCUCCUCAGUAGAGGUAUCCUCAACAGGACUAUGCUUAUCAUAAGAACC